AUGGACCGCGUGCGGAGAUGGCUAUCUUCAGCCAGCAGUCAGACUGCUUAUGAGCCGAUACACAACACUCUCGAGGCUGAUGCGGUCAGCGACGGGGGAUCGGAAUAUAGCGGUGUUCGCAAGCCUGCCUCACACUUUUCACGGCUGAGUUAUGGCGUAUUUUUCCUGUUGGGGAUAAACAUGCUGUGGGCAUGGAAUAUGUUCCUUGCGGCAGCGCCGUAUUUUCACCGUCGAUUUGAAUCCGACGAUUGGGCCGUUGCUCACUUUCAGCCGUCUAUCCUGUCGGUGUCGACCGUGACGAACCUCUGUUGCGGGUUCAUUAUGGCCAAAGCGCAAAAGAACGCUUCAUAUCCGAGACGGAUCAAGCUCUCACUGCUCAUCAACAUUAUAAUCUUUGCCCUUCUCGCCUUCUCCACGAUUCUCAUGAAAAAUGCCGUUGUGGGCACAUACUUUGGCUUCCUGAUGUUGAUGGUGUUUGGCGCCAGCUGGGCGACGGGGAUGAACCAGAACGGCGUCUUCGCGUACGUGUCCGGUUUCGGGAGAGAAGAAUAUACCCAGGCGAUUAUGGCGGGCCAGGGCGUGGCAGGGGUCCUACCCUGCAUCGUCCAAAUCCUCUCCGUGCUCGCGGUGCCGCCCAGCAACAAGCAUCACGGGCGCCAAGAUCCAUCCAAAUCCGCCUUUGCGUAUUUCCUCACCGCCACCGCUAUUUCGUUGCUUGCGCUCAUUGCCUUUCUUUACCUGGAUAAUAAACGCCAAUCCAGCGCUGCAGGAUCCGUGUCGCGCGAAGAGGAGGAUCCGCUCCACCCCGCCGAUGCGGCCCACGCAAAGACCACCAUCGGCCUGUGGACGCUCUUCAAGAAGCUCCACUGGCCCGCGCUGUCGGUCUUCCUCUGCUUCGCCGUGACCAUGACCUUCCCCGUCUUUACGGCGGAGAUCGAAUCCGUGCACGGGCCUGGACAGGGUCGAGGUGUGGAAGCCCAGCCGCGCAUCUUCGAGCCAGAGGUUUUCAUCCCGCUUGCCUUCCUCUUCUGGAACGUCGGUGAUCUCUUCGGGCGGAUUUCCGUUCUAGUACCACGCCUGGCGACCCUCUCGCACCGGCCCGUCGCCCUGUUCGUUCUCGCCAUCGCCCGUCUGGGGUUCAUCCCGCUCUAUCUUCUCUGCAACAUCGGCGGCCGGGGUGCCAUCGUGAACAGCGACGCCUUUUACCUGUUUUUCGUGCAGAUCUGCUUCGGCUUCUCUAAUGGCUUUCUAGGCAGCAGCUGCAUGAUGGGCGCCGGUCAUUUCGUCUCCGUAGAGGAACGCGAACCCGCCGGUGGCUUCAUGAGCUUGAUGCUUGUCGGUGGACUAGCGGCCGGAAGUCUCUUGAGUUUCCUCAUUGCGGCAAAGUGA